GGGCCCCACCCUGUAUCCUGUAGCAAGGUCCAUGUGUGGCUACCACCCAGGUGCUGCCUUCCAGGCUCACAGACGAUGUUGCCCUGGCUUCCCUGCCUGUCUUGCUAUGGUGGGCAGACCCCUCGGCCCUUGGUCUUGUCUCCUUGCCAGUUUGGUUCUGUUUGAAGUUGAGGGGUGCGUGGAGCCAUGCCUGAGAGGCCAAAGGUCCACAGUGAAUGAUUGAUUAUCAACUUUUGAGUGAAUUACCACAUAGAUGAGUACAAAAGUGCCCCGGAAGGGUAAGGCUCCUGUCGGGUUUAGAUGACCCAGCACACUCAGGUCAACGGUACCCAGGUCAGGAGACAGAGGUGACUGCGCCUCCAAACCACCCUUUGGAAACUUUCUAGCUCCUCCCCUCAAAGGUGACCACUGUCCCCACACCUCAUCACCCUGGCAGUUUAUCUUGUCAGGGUCCCAACUUGGACAUCUCGUGGAUGGGCAGGGAAGGGGCUGCACCCUUGGUGGUAACUGGGGAGUUGGGGCCUCCCUGCUGAGCUCCUCUGACAGCACAGGGCAGGGUGCUGCGGUCUCAGGCAAGGUGCACCUCCCUGGGGCCUCAAGGGUGCACGUCCGACCCACAGCGGCCAAAAUGACUCGGAGUCACCUUGUAAGAUUAUGCGCAGAAGGGCUGCUGAGGACCUUGCUGCAGCAGUUGGCCAUGAUCCUGCCCCUGUGGAUCGGGAAGCCUGGUGACAAGCCCCCACCCCUCUGUGGAGCCAUUCCAGCCUCAGGGGACUAUGUGGCCAAGCCUGGAGACAAGGUGGCCGCGCGGGUCAAGGCUGUGGGUGGGGAUGAGCAGUGGAUCCUGGCAGAGGUGGUCAGUUACAGCCAUGCCACCAACAAGUGAGUGGACACCCACCCGCUGAACCUUGCUCACCACACCCUCUUCCGCUGGCAUUGUUCAGCCUGUGUGCACAGCGGGAGAAGAGCUUCCCCGAGGGCACCUGGGCAGGAGGUGUGGGAGGCACUGGGCUCCUCGGGCCACUUUCCCACUCUCCAUCUCCCCCUCCUCCUCUUUCUGGCUCCCUGGCUCUCAGUGGGCACCUGGCUACACCCGGUGUUCUCCUUCCGUUC